GAUGGCCGUUCGCCGCUUCUGUUGCGUUGCGUAUUUGCAGAAUCCGAGAUACGCGGUCGCGGAAUGAUUACGUAAAGCGAAUGAAACUCGCCGGCGCAAGUUCUCGUUGACACUCGGGACUCGUCGAUAGCGAGCGAACGAGAGCACGUCGUCGAUAUCACGAUAAUAUACGACAAAUGAUACCCGAGUGGGGUACUUGGCAUCAUCAUACGUUCGGCGUAUCGAGUCGAUCUGCGGAGAAGGGCGAGGACGGGAGAGAGAUGACCAGGCAUGCUUAAUCGUUCAGAGAGGCUCGUAUUUAUAUUACAUUAUCGGGACUGAUCGUUGUGAGUAGUGCGUCGUCCCGGACUCGCGUCGAAAGAAAGAGAGAGGAAGGGACAUGUCCGACGGCAUGGAGCGGGAAAAGAACGAACGACUGACCGUGCAGAAAGAUGAAGAGAAGAAGAUGAGACAGCAACUCAUGGAUAUUGGGCUUUACGAGGCGCAAACUUACGAACAAAUGAAGGACCUGAUCGGUUUCCUUAAUAAUUGCGAUACUACACCGAAUGUUGCAGCUGAUAACAGACACACGAAGGACAGCAAGCAACAUUCCAACAACGAGUGCCUAUCGGGGCUGAUGUCCGACACAAACGCGCCGCAGGCGGUCGUUGCACAGGAGCUGCCCAAUGUGACAUACAAACCGAGUCGCACGUCGCCGACGAUAGCGCAGCAAGAGCGCAAGAGCUCUCGGCAUUCCUCCAGCAGCCUGGAUACCUCGUCCAUCUUCGACGGGCAACGGUACUCCGCGCAGGGGCGCAAGGGCGUGGAAAACGACGAGACGAUGCUGUCGUCGGAGAGACAGCAGCAUGAGCAGCCGUCGAAGCCGAGGAACGGCGCGCAGGAACGGCGGAACUCGUCGGCGGAGAAGACGAUGCAGUGCGCCACGCAGAGCACUCACUACCAGCAGCUGGAGAGGUGGCGGAUGAACCCGCUCGAUGUCUGUAUCAACGAAAACGACGUGCCUUUGCAACAGCCGCGGAGAAGCACCUCCGGAUGUCGCAUCAACAAGACGCACAUGUCCGAGCAAGACGAGCAGAAGAUGCGCCAGCACUUGAGGGAAAUGGCGGACUUGUGGUACAGUUGGCAACGUCCCGCGAAUGCAAAAUUUGAGUGGGGCGUACCCAUCGAGGUCGGCACUGCUAACGGCAGUUUGGAUAGAAAGCCAGUAACAGAAUCUAAGACUGAGCCGAGCAAGGCGGAGUGUACGUACAGAGAUAGUUACGAGCGGUCUAGUAAGCGUAAAGCGAAUUUCCGUAUCGCGCAGGAAUUCGCGCGUCUGAAUAAAGAGAGCUCCAGCGAGGAGGAGGACGAUCAAUACGAGUUCGCUCGUAUUAAGAAAAAGAGGAUCCAGCCCGACGACGACAAGUCGAGCAAUGCAGCGGAUCGUGCGAAUCAGCAACGAAUCGGCAGGCACGAAGCGGCGGUCGCACGUCAGCAGCACUCCCGCAACGACGGCAACGGUAAUGCGCACAUCGACGACGAAAACGGCAGAUCACCACGCAGGGGGAAAGUCGAAGACGAGGAGAACGAGAGGCAGUCGCCCGUGUUGAGCGUGCACCCGAAGAGAGCGAUACCUUCCACCCCGAGAGCGCGUCCGGGUCUCUCCAGGAUCCGUAGAGGAAACGCCACGUCGAAGUUGCAACACACUCUCAAGAACGAAGAACGGGACCAAAAGAAGGACGUGUUGAUGGACGAGGACAUCCGUCUCCAGCUGGACGGCGGCGAGGAGGUGGCGGCAAUCCUACGAAAGGACACAGAGACUCGGCCGUCGAAGGAAGCAAAGUCCCAGGAGAAACAACAACGACUGCUGUCCAGCACUGCGUUGAGGGAGGCGUGCAAGGAAAGGGAGAAGCAGGGCGGCAACAAGAAGGCGGAUCUCCAACGGAAGAACGAGGACAAGAUACGCGGGAUAGAGAACAAAGGCAUGAGCUGGGAACGUAGUCUGCUGGACGACGACGAGAUAGAUCAAGAGCUCGCCGCCGCACAGAACGGGAACCAGCCCGACAAAGUCACCGAUUCAACGAACAACAUCAACUGUCCCAUAUGCAAUAAGCCGUUUCCGCCUAACGAGAUAGAGAAUCACGCCGCCGACUGCAAUCAGUUCGAAACGAAUGAUCUGGAGGACAUUGAUGAUAUAGAAUUGUUGAAGUGUAAUAUAUGCCACAAUUACACGACGACCAACGGAGUGGAGUACGAGCUGCAUGUUAGGCAAUGUAUAGAUAUCAGAAAGGACAAGAGGCUUUUGCACGGAUCAGACGAUGUUGACAUCGUACCUAUCCCCUCGUCUCACCGCACUUACAAGCCAAGCGGGCAGAAAGUCGCGAGCAGCAGUCCCGAGAUAGAUUUUAUGGACCAGUCGCCUUCUCACAGUAGAACACGAGUAUUUACAAACAGAAAGAGGAAUACCAACGUAUCCACACUACCAGGUAACAUGAGACUCUCCACCUUGACAUUGUGGAUUUCAUCUCUAAUUGGUAUAAAGUGUCAGACCAUAACCCUAAAUGGCGCAUGGAAUGGAACCAUCAAUGGCUGUGAUGUUGAGUUUAGUGGAACUGUCCCUGGAGGAAUUUAUACAGACUUGUACAUGAAUAACUUGAUAGAGGACAACCUGCUAGGGAUGAACGACGUGAACAAUCGUUGGGUCGGGAAUCAAUCUGUGACUUACAUUAAAGAAUUCACCGUGGGCCACGAUUUCCCGAAAGCCCGAAGGAUCGUCUUGGUCUUUCACGGAGUCGACACGUUCUCCAGUAUCACUUUGAACGACCGGGCGGUUGGCGAGACUACGAACAUGUUCCUGAGGUAUACCUUCGACGUGACGGAUCACAUCCAGGAAGGGCAGAAUAUACUGAAGGUCGCGUUCCGUUCGGCCGUCAAAGUGGCGGAGGAUCUGUACAAUGAGCAGCAGAGGAGCUACAUCGUACGGCCGGUGUGCGUGCCCAAGGAGUACAACGGAGUUUGCCACGUGAAUCACAUCCGUAAGAUGCAAGCCAGCUUCUCGUGGGACUGGGGGCCCGCUUUUCCCUCGAUCGGCAUCUGGAAGGACGUCGAAUUGAUUCCCGUGAACGAUGUAAUGAUGAACGACGUCACGGCCGAUAUACGUAAGCAAAAUGACAAGUGGUGGAUCCUCGUUACGAUAUAUCUCGAGGUAACGCGGAACAAGAGCAAUGAGUUGCAGAACUUCGUCGUCACCUCCGCAGCGACGUUGCACAUCGCGCAGGACAAGGUCAUCAGUAACACCAGCGAAGUAAUGCUCGACACGAGCGAGAGAUACGUAAAGAUUAACAUUCAACUGACCGUGCCUACGGACGCCGUAGAGGCUUGGUGGCCGAACGGCUACGGCAAGCAACACUUGUAUUACUUGUCCACUACGGUGAUAACGAUGGAUGAUAUAUUGCACAAGAAGAUCCGUGUGGGCUUCAGAACGGUGAAGCUGAUGCAGGAGCCGUUGGAUAACGGUCGGAGCUUUUACUUCCGCAUAAACGGUGUGCCGGUCUUCGCGAAGGGCAGCAAUUUCAUCCCGGCCAGUAUCUUCCCGGAAUUGGGUGCGAAAGAAGAAACCAUCAGGCACUUGUUGUCGUCCACCAAGGAAACGCACAUGAAUAUGCUGAGGGUUUGGGGCGGCGGUAUCUACGAGUCCAAGUUGUUCUACGACUUGGCCGACGAGUACGGCAUCAUGAUCUGGCAGGAUUUCAUGUUCGCUUGUGCCAUGUAUCCCACGACCGAAUCGUUCCUGAAUAAUGUGAAAGAGGAGGUGGUGCAGAACGUGAUACGUCUGAAGAAUCACCCGAGCAUCGUGUUGUGGGCCGGCAACAACGAGAACGAGGCGGCGCUCUACGGCAACUGGUACGGCACCGGCUCCGCCGAAGUUUACAAGACGGAUUACGUGGAACUCUACGUGAACCUGCUCAAGAUCGAAGUGGAAACGCUGGAUCCCCUGAGGCCGUUCCUCGUGUCUAGUCCGGGCAACGGGGCGCUCGAGGAGACGUAUAAUUAUACCGGCGUGGAUCCCUACUCAAAUUUCUACGGCGACGUUCACUAUUACAACUAUCUCAAAAAUGGAUGGGACGUCAGUCAGUAUCCUCGAACAAGGUUUUGCUCCGAGUACGGGUUUCAAUCUUGGCCGUCGGUAUACACGAUGAUAACGGCUGCCGAAACCGCGAAGGAUCUCAGCAUGGACAGUGAUUUCAUAAAACACCGGCAACAUCUGCCAUUCGGCAAUGAGUUCAUGAAGAUACUGAUCUCGCAGAACUUCGUUCUACCGCAAAGUAAUGACAGCGUAAAAGAUUUUGAAACUUACGUGUACCUUAGCCAAAUCAAUCAGGCGGUCUCUGUGAAGGUAGAGACGGAAGGGUACAGGCAACUCAAAUCCGAAGUGAAUUCUAUUGGUGAAGGUAUGACGAUGGGGGCUCUCUAUUGGCAGUUGAACGACGUCUGGCAGGCACCUUCAUGGUCCUCCAUAGAUAUUGAAGGUCGAUGGAAAAUGCUUCAUCACUACGCCAAGGACUUCUUCGCACCGAUUAUCGUUUCGCCGCGCUUAGUGAGCUCCGAUGAGCUCACAAUAUACGCCAUAUCCGACCGAUUGUACUGGUUGACAAAUUGCCACCUGGAUAUUCGCGUUUACAACUGGAAAUCUAUGACACCUGUGCACACAAAGUCCUACAACAAUAUCAUAGUACCACCCAACAAAGCCAUAAAAAUUACAACCUUCUGGUUAGACGCGUUUCUCUCCGAAGUGGGCUGUGGUUCAUUGCAAUCCGCCAAGAAAUCUUGCGUAGUCACUUUGUCGUUCACAGACGAGUCCAGGUCUCUGAUCGCGCCGGUUAAUUACGUAUAUCCCAUUGCAUUGAAGGAUGCGGAUAUAGCAUUAGCCAAUGUUACUUUGGUAAUCGAGGAGAAUCACUUGCCUGGGAAACUCUCCAAUUAUCCAGACUUCAAGCUCAUAUUAAAGACGGACAAUAUAGCGCUAUUCGUCUGGUUAGAAGUGGGCAACAUACGCGGCCGUUUUUCCGAAAAUGGCUUCCACAUGUUCGAGCAGCGGAAAGAAGUGAUUUUCCACACGCACGAGGCGACCACGAUGGAAUUGUUGCGCGAAAAUCUAAAAAUAACCGUGUUGUCCGACAUUUACCAUGCGCAUGGCGAUUUGGCUGACGACUACGAGACAGAAAACGCGCAUUAAUCUUGACGUUUAAGGACACAUGAUUUAUCACACGCAUGUAAUGCGAGAUGCUGAUUUAUAUUAUAAUUACUGGAUUCUCUCAAGAGCCGAAAGAAUAAAUUUUCUCAAAUAAA